UCACUCUAAUCGAACGCGGGUUUGAUCGGCAUUAGGCAUGGCAACUACUGUUUUGUUUCCAUGUUUCAAUCAAUUGAGUUGGAAUUGGAUUCAAAUGCUCAUGUAGUUCAUAAAGAAUCGGGAGUGUAAAGCAGUGUAAACCGAGAUCUUGAUACAUUCUUGCUGCUAUUGGGAUUAAUUCUAGUAUAGCGCAGCUCCAAGGUUUUUGGGAUUUCAUUUGGGUUGAGUCUUUUUUUCUUUUUGGGUUCCUAUUUUCCUCAUUAAGCCGAGUAUACAGCAUGAUCUACUAAGAAGUAAGAACCUAAUCAUACUGCGUUAGUCUGUCUUCUAUGUAAGGUGAUGAUCGGUUUCCGGUCUUGUGAAUACCUGCUGACUUGGGCCAAUUUUUAUAUGAUGCUUAGUCUCAGGCUUUCUUCUUCAUUGUUUAGGCCCAGGGCCAUUUUUGCGGGUCGGGAUUCUGUGGAUCAUUGGGAGUAAAGAAAAACUAUGAGUGGGUCACUUUGCCAAAACUCUCCAGUUUGUAGGUCUCAUGCAAAUUUUGCUCUAUGUGGGCUUUGGAGUGAAUGGUCGGUGCUAGGAUUUGUAUUGGCAGCUGCAAAAUGGAUGUCUUUGCUCUUUAUUCCUUAGAAAUAUAAUCUGUCCGAUAGAUGAGUUCAGGAGAAAAAAACUGCUACGCGAAUAUGAUAUCUGGCAGAGGAGGAUCUAGAAAUUCAGGAGUGAAUCUAAACAACUAAAUAUAUUAGUCUUAUGGAGUGAGACCAAAAUUAGGGGAAUGAGGCUUGCAGAUACACCUUUGACGAAGGCCUGGCAGGGAUGUCGGAGAAAGCUCUUAGUGAUAACAAUACAACUCUGGAAACUGAAAGGAAGGAGGAGAGCUCCAGUAAGGCAUGUUUAAAUAUGGCUUCUGCUGACAAUGUGGAUGAAAAUAAUAAAGAUCUGCAAAAGGAAAAAAAUUGUGCUUCUGUAGUGCCUCCACCUGUCAAUGGUAAUCAUUCAGGCGAUUCUCAAAUAGAAAUAGGAAAUGCAGAAGUAGAAUACAUUGAUUCUGAGAACUUGAGGGAUUUAGAAGAUAUUGAUAGUUGUCUCAAGACUCUGUUGACUGGAUUGGACUCCAAGGAGUGGGUCCUGGUAUGCAAUGCCCUCAAUAAUGUUCGGCGGAUUUCAAUAUUUCACAAGGAAGCACUGCUUGAUAUUCUAGGGGAUGUGAUCACAUUUCUUGUAAAGUCCUUGAAAAGCCCUAGAAGUGCUCUUUGCAAAACUGCCAUUAUGACAUCUGCGGACAUUUUCAGUGCAUAUAAUGAUCUUAUAAUAGAUUUUCUGGACCCCCUGCUGGUACAGCUUCUUCUCAAGUCUUCACAGGACAAGCGCUUUGUAUGUGAGGCAGCUGAGAGAGCCUUAAUAGCUAUGACUACCUGGAUUUCCCCUACAUCUUUGUUACCAAAAUUGCAACCUCAUCUUAAGAAUAGGAAUCCUCGAAUUCGUGCAAAGGCAUCAAUGUGCUUUUCUCGAAGUGUCCCUCGAUUGGGUGCUGAGGGCAUAAAGGCUUACGGAAUUGACAAAUUGAUCCAAGUAGCUGCAUCCCAGCUGAGUGACCAGCUCCCUGAAUCCAGGGAGGCAGCCCGGACUCUGCUGCUUGAGCUUCAAAAUGUAUAUGAGAAAUUUCAUGAUCCCAUGCCUGCUUCUGUUUCUGAGCGUCCAGAGCUGGGUUCGUGGGAGAACUUCUGUCAAUCAAAACUCUCACCGCUGAGUGCUCAAGCCGUACUUCGUGUCACCAGUAUUGCUCGGGAGGGACUUGUUUCAUGACACAUGCCGUGCAUCAACUUCUUUAAUAUCCGGUCUGCUCGUCAUAUUUUUUCCCCUGUAUAUACACUGAAAAUUGAGAUGGUUCGAAUUGCUGUUGAAGCACGGAUUGAGCAGGAAAUUCAUGAUUCGAUUCCUAUGCCACCUUUCUUGUCAGCUCUGCAAACUACGUUGUUUCCUCUCUCUUCUUCAUUCCCUAUAUUUGGCAGAACACGCGUGGUUGAUUUGCUUUUAGCAUUUGCUUCAGGAAGCUUUUUCACGGGUUCUCUUAUUGAAGUGAUAAUGGAUCAGCGAAUUUAUUAAUCGAUGAUUGAAAAUUAUUCGGAUCAGUAUCUACAUAUGCCUGUAAAAUAUUUCCUCUAGCAUUCACACUAUUUGCAUGAAUUCUCUUAACCUGGGCACGUUUUGUUCUUUUUUUUUUAAA